AUGUGUAACCCCGCCCCUCUGGGCUGUAUGUGUAACCCCGCCCCUCUGGGCUGUAUGUGUAACCCCGCCCCUAUGGGCUGUAUGUGUAACCCCGCCCCUCUGGGCUGUAUGCGUAACCCCGCCCCUAUGGGCUGUAUGUGUAACCCUGCCCCUCUGGGCUUGACAGGAUCAGCCCUCUUCCCCUGUACCCAACCCUCUUCCCCUGUACCCAGCCCUCUUCCCCUGUACCCAACCCUCUUCCCCCUGUACCCAGCCCUCUUCCCCUGUACCCAGCCCUCUUCCCCUGUACCCAACCCUCUUCCCCCCUGUACCCAACCCUCUUCCCCUGUACCCAACCCUCUUCCCCCUGUACCCAGCCCUCUUCCCCCUGUACCCAACCCUCUUCCCCUGUACCCAACCCUCUUCCCCUGUACCCAACCCUCUUCCCCUGUACCCAGCCCUCUUCCCCUAUACCCAGCCCUCUUCCCCCUGUACCCAACCCUCUACCCCCUGUACCCAACCCUCUUCCCCUGUACCCAACCCUCUUCCCUGUACCCAACCCUCUUCCCCUGUACCCAACCCUCUUCCCCUGUACCCAGCCCUCUUCCCCUGUACCCAGCCCUCUUCCCCUGUACCCAGCCCUCUUCCCCUGUACCCAACCCUCUUCCCCCUGUACCCAACCCUCUUCCUCCUGUACCCAGCCACAAGUGA